AUGUCUAUAACUCACGCUCUCUUCGAGUCCUCCUCGGGCUAUGCCUUGUUUGAUGUCAAGCUCACCGAGGAUAUUGUCUCUCACUCGCAAGCCGCUCAAGACAGUAUCAAAGAUCUUGGGAAGUUUGGAAAAAUGGUUGAGCUUAGAAGCUUUGUUCCAUUCAAAAGUGCAGCACAUGCACUAGAAAAUAUUAAUGAUGUUUCCGAGGGACUUGUGCACGACCACUUGAAAUCUCUUAUUGAACUCAACCUAUCGAAAUCCUCUUCCAAAAAGGCACCGAUAACACUCGCAGUAUCCGAAUCCACACUUGCAGGGAAUAUUCGUGAAGCCACCGGUGUGCAGUGCGACGCUUCAGAAAAAGCCCAAGAUAUCAUUCGCGGGAUACGUCUCCAUGCACAAAAACUGCUUUCUUCACUUGGUGAGGACGAUUUGACCAAAGCACAGCUUGGUUUAGGACAUUCUUACUCGAGAUCCAAACUGAAGUUCAACGUCAAUCGUAUGGAUAACAUGAUUAUCCAAGCCAUUGCCCUCCUAGAUCAGUUGGACAAGGACGUCAACCUUUUUUCUAUGCGCGUCCGUGAAUGGUAUGGUUAUCACUUCCCCGAGUUGGUCAAACUUGUUCCAGACAACUACACCUACGCGCGCGUCAUAUUCUUCCUAGGGGACAAAGACACUUUCACCGAAGACAAGCUUUCUGGCCUCGAGGAACUUCUUGAAGAGGCCCAGUCUGCCGCGAAAUCAUCCGGAGAAACCAUAACUGGUUUAGAAUCGACGUCGACAACAGCUUCGAACAUCCUCUCAGCAGCCCGAAAUUCAAUGGGUUCUUCGCUUUCUCCGGUUGACAUGCUCAAUAUCUCUGCGUUUGCGCAGCGAGUUGUCUCACUAUCCCAGUAUAGGAGAUCAUUGGUAGCAUAUUUGGCUACUAAGAUGAACGACGUAGCCCCAAGUUUGACAGCCUUAUUAGGCGAACGAGUUGGUGCAAGACUCAUCAGCCACGCAGGAAGCUUGACAAAUCUCAGCAAGUACCCCGCAAGUACUGUGCAGAUUCUUGGAGCAGAGAAGGCGUUGUUUAGGGCACUGAAAACAAAAGGGAAUACCCCGAAGUAUGGUUUGCUAUACCAUUCAACCUUCAUUGGCCGGGCUCAACCUAAACAUAAAGGAAGAAUCUCACGUUUUCUCGCCAACAAGUGUUCAAUUGCAAGUAGAAUCGACUGCUAUUCUGAAAACCCGUCUGCCAAAUUCGGGGAAGCGUUACGGGCUCAAGUCGAAGAACGCCUCAACUUUUUUGAAACGGGCGCACCCCCUUCCAAAAAUGCCGAUGCUAUGCGAAAAGUGCUGGAAGAUCUAUCCCUAGAGGAUGAUGCCGACGUCGAUAUGGAUAAUGCUGAACCUGCUCUUACCACGCUGGAAGCCUCACCGAAAAAGAAAUCGAAGAAGGAAAAGGAGUCCAAGAAGAAGCGUAAAUUGGAUGCCAUAGAUGUGGACAGGGACGACGAUGGAAGUGAUGAGGAAGUCGUGGUGAAAAAAGUCAAACUGUCGAAGGAUGAAAAGAAGGCUUUAAAGAAGGAGAAAAAGGCUAAGGCAAAAGCUGAGGUCAAUGAACAGGUCAAAGAGGUCGACAAAAAGAGUAAGGAGAAGAAAAGAAAGCACGAAAAGAGCAAAGAUUAG